AGAGCCUGAACCAGAAAUGACUCAACCAAUUCGCUUUGUUAAUUUGGUGCCAAACAUAAAGAUUAAGAAAGAAGUGGUGGAAGAAGAAGAUGAGGAUAUAGUGCACUGUCGACUGUGCACCAAGGGGUUCGUCAGCGAAGUGGCGCUGCGGAACCAUGCGCGGAUGGAACACUUCGAGUCGUACGCCACUGGAGACUGCAAGGUCUGGAUGCAGACUCCUCCGACUUCGCCAAAACGCAAAGCUGACACAGAACUCCCUGAUCAGAAGCCAAUAAAAAUUAAAACUGAAGACUUACUAUCCACAAUUGAACCUGGGAACCUGAUGAGUUUAGCUUCUGAGGAUGUCAGCUACAUCAUAAUUAAGAGUGAAGAUCUACCGAAGCUGAAGGCCGGGAAGAAGAAGGAUAUCAAAGUGGUGAAGGUACCGAAAACAUCAACUGCGAGGAAAGAUAAGGAGCCACCACAACCUAUCACUGGUCCAUUCGAAUGUCUACAACCAUCGACAUCGGUGGCAGACGGGACCUGCCAUCAGAUCUUCUUCUCGUGCUGCGAAUACUCGGUCCACUUCAGAGAUGAACACACCAGGAGACGGAAGGGCCAUAGGUGUCAAGUUUGUGAGAAACCCCUGAUAGCUUGCGACGAUAGUCUGCCAUAUCCUUGUGAGUUGUGUGGAGUGGGUUUUCUGACGAAUAAGGAGCUGGCGGAACAUGCCUCAAUAAUCCACGUGAAACAGAAGCCGUUUGAAUGCACUAUAUGCAGGAAACGAUUUACUCAACAGAGUGGUGUACAACAGCAUAUGAGAAUGCACACCGGAGACCGUCCCUUCCCCUGCACGUUCUGUCCGAAAGCCUUCACUCAGAAGUCGGGCCUCGACCAGCACAUCCGCAUUCACACCAAAGUAAAACCCUACCGCUGUGUCAUAUGCAGUAAGUCAUUCUGUCAAUCUGUUCAUCUCAAACAACAUAUGAGGACCCACACGAAUGUCUCUCCAUUCCAAUGUGGGAUAUGCCAGAAACGCUUCAAACAAAGCAGCCAUUUGAACUAUCACCUCAAGAAUCACAAUCCCGCGAACAUGACAGAAGAACAGAAGCUCAAAUAUGAGGAGCUGAUGGGAAUGAUGCAGAAGGAAGUGGAGAUAGAUCCUGUGGAGAUACAAAUCGAAGAGGCAGAAGGUGAACAGGUUGUUGUGACCGUUCAGGGUGUUCCCGGGGAGUACAAUUUGGAUGAAACGGUUCCUGACUCAUGGAAUGUUCAGCUGGUAGAUGAUUGAAGAGUUGGAAGUACGAGGAUGAAUUACAGCGUCAGCUAGAACCGAGCUAAGCAGAGCUUAUAUGGUACUAGAUAAUUCAUUGAGUUUUUAAUAUCAGGGGUCAUGCAUAAAUAUUAAUUUCAGGACAAUAAACACAGCGCCUUCUAGUCCCAAGCUAACCAGAGAUUGUGUUAUGGGUACUAGAUAACUGAUAAAUACAUAGAUAUUAUUUUAUAAAUACAUACAUCAUAUAUAUAGAAAACACCCAGACUGAUACAAACAUACUCAUGAAUACAAAUGUUUGUGUAAUAAAG